CCCGCCCCUGGUCUUAUGACCCGCGCUGAAAGCGCCGAGUCCUGGCUUUUGCAGCGUUGUGGUCGGUGGUCAGCGGCGUUCCUAUCAGGGUUCCGCGAGCCUUCUCCCUGCUGUCGCUGCUCUUGUCGCCGCCGCCUGCUCUGUGGCAUCAUGGUGUGCUUCCGCCUCGCCCCGGUUCCGGGCUCUGGGUUCGUUCUCCUCUGCCUCGUCCUGGGUGCUGUCUCAUCUUAUGCACUGGAACUUAAUUUGACAGAUUCAUCAAAAGCCACUUGCCUUUAUGCAAAAUGGCAGAUGAAUUUCACAAUACGCUAUGAGACCACAGACAAGCAUAAUAAAACUGUAACCAUUUCAGACUUUGGUGCUGCAACCUACAAUGGAAGCUUUUGUGGGGACGACCAGAAUGGUCCCAAAAUAGCAAUGCAGUUUGGGUCCGGUUUUUCCUGGAUUGUGAAUUUUACAAAAGAGGCAUCAUCUACAUCUACUUACUUAGUCGACUACAUCUCAUUUUCCUACAACACUAAUGAUAACACAACAUUUCCUGAUGCGAAGGAAAAAGGAGUUUUUACUGUUAAUUACCAUGUGGCACUCAAGAUUCCAUUGAAUGACAUCUUUAGAUGCAAUAGUUUGUCAACCUUAGAAAACAGUGAUGUUGUCCAGCACUAUUGGGAUGUUCAUGUACAAGCUUUUGUUCAGAAUGGCACAGUGAGCACAACAGAGUUUUUGUGUGAUAAAGAUAAAACUGUAACCACUGCCGUGCCCAUCAUUCCCACCACGGUGCCAUCUCCAACAAAACCAGUGGUCGGAUCCUAUUCAGUUGUAAAUAGCAAUGGUACCUGUCUUCUGGCUACCAUGGGGCUGCAGCUGAAUGUUACUCACGAUAAGGUUGCUUCAGUUUUUAAUAUCAAUCCCAAUACAACCAACGCUACUGGCAGCUGCCAACCUCAGACUGCUUUUCUCAGGCUGAGCAGCAGCAACAUCAAGUAUCUCGACUUUGUCUUUGCUGUGAAAAAUGAAAACCGAUUCUAUCUGAAGGAGGUGAAUGUCAGCAUGAUUUUGGUUAAUGGCUCUGUUUACAGCAUUUCAAAUACCAAUCUCAGCUACUGGGAUGCUCCCCUGGGAAGUUCUUACAUGUGCAACAAAGAGCAGACGGUUUCCGUGUCUGGAGCAUUUCAGAUAAAUACCUUUGAUCUAAGGGUUCAGCCUUUCAGUGUGACAGAAGGAAAGUAUUCUACCGCCCAAGAGUGUUCGCUGGAUGAUGACACCAUUCUAAUACCAAUUAUAGUUGGUGCUGGUCUUUCAGGCUUGAUUAUCGUUAUAGUGAUUGCUUACCUAAUUGGCAGAAGAAAAAGUUAUGCUGGAUAUCAGACUCUGUAACACUAAUCUACAUGAGGCUCUGUUACAGAAUAAUAAAAGCAAGUACAAGUUCCAACAUGCAAUACUGUUCAACUUAAGGUAUAUAUAGUUUACAGUGCUGAUCUUAAAACAGGUGGUAUCAGGGAUUUCAAACUCAAAGAGAUAAAAAGACCCCUAAAAUGAUAAACGAUAAAUGAAUCACACGAUUUUGGCUUUUCCAACUAAGGAAUUUAAAACAUUUUUAUAGUGCCUCCCCCGCAAAUGUGCAAAAUUGCAUGGAUUAUAGAUUCUGUUUUACAUUGUCUUGAAUUAGUAUUUCAUUGUUGUCACUUUAGACAUUCUGACUAGAAAUACACAGUUUAGGAAAAAGAGCUUAACCCCCUCCCCACCCUCGUAUGUAGUCAAAUUGAGACAACACAUUCUACAGUGGAUUUGUACUUGCUCCUUUUGCAUUUCUUAGUGAUUUUGUUUGCAGGUUAACUCAGCUGCUUUGGCAUUGCUGCAUAUUUGACUAUGAGAGAUAUGCCAAUAGGUGUGAACAGGGUCUAAUAGUAUUAUGUUCUUAGCAAUGCAUGCUUUUCUAAUGCCUUUUGAGUACACUUGUACUUAAUAUGGCUGUAGCAACAAAAGAUACAAAAGCUUUUAAAAUUUUAGAAUAGGUGUUAAUCUUAUCAUUGAAUCCUUUCUUUAAAAAAAAAACUGGGUAAUUCAGCCUUUUAAAUGGUAAGAUACAAGACUGUUCCAACUGGGCAUUUCAAUCCAUUAUCUAGAUGCUUUAGAGGUAAUUGCCAGGCAGUGCCAAUUUGGGGUGUUAGUUCUUUGUACCCAUAAAUUGGCCCCUACACACAGUGCUAAUAUUAAUGUCACUAGAUUUAUGUAGAUUACUCUUUAGUCUUUGAGUCUCCACGUUGGUAGUAGUUUGUUUUAUUCUUUCCUUUUCCUUAAAGAAGAAAUGCCAGUAUGUCCUAGAACCUAGAUAAAGAACUUGGACCUAACCCAAAAGUCUUGGUCCCCUCUUUGUUGACGAAAAAGCUGUUCUUCCUUUCCAGCUUGCAUUGAUGGCUACAUUUACUAACGUGGCUUUCAUAUUUAACUAGUUCCGUGCUAAUCAAAGCUUAUGUUGUUAUUCAUUAUGGUAGCAUCAUCAAUUCACGUACUUUGUGUUAAGUUUUGUGCUCUGGGGAGAGGCACCAAUUGUCUAUUUCACCUGCACCACCUGAUGUUUAUAGGAGAAGGCAAAGCAUUUCAACUUGAUAACAGGUAUUUCUUGCUGCUUCUAAUAGGUCUUCUUUUGGCUUUGAGAUGGCUGAGAAAUUAAAAAAUUGUUAAUAUGCAGCAAUAUAUGGCAGGUUCUGUGUUUUGGGGAGGUGGAAGAUUAUGUACCCCUCAAUUCACUAGAAAAUGAGAUAGCUAGGUUCCAAAAUGUUAUGUGUUUUGACUUAUUUUGGUAGUCCAGCAAUUGACACACAGAGGCCAUAGCAUGUUAGCCAGCGUAUGUCUGUAACUACCUUUUGAGUUAUAUUGGCAUGAUAUUUUCUCCUACUUAAAUUUGCUCUCUGUUUAGAGUACCCUGAAAAUCUUACUGGCUCAGAAUUAGAUUCCUAAGUAGCCCCUCUCUAGAAAGCUACUUGGAGCUGCUUUGCCAGCUUAAGGCACUUUUUAAAGGCUAAAUAUAAAUCUGAUUUUUAAAAAAAAAAUUUAUUUAAAUAAUGUUUUAGUGUAAGAUUGUUAACCCUUAUAGGAAUGGACGACGCUUCCAAGAGUAUGAGCCUUACAUAUUUCUCAAGAGUCAAAGCAGCUUUUUUAAAAAAUAAAAAUUGGAAGCACAAGCGAGUGGCACUGGCUUAAUGCUGUUAAUGUUUCUAGAAGUUUCUACCUUUAGAUUAUAUACCUGAUUCAUAUUAAAAUACCUCUAAGUAGCACUGUUUUAUAGAGAACCUGACUUAAUUGACUAUUUUCUUACUUUACAUGGGCCAGUUUAUAUGCUAUUAUUCACUAUUAUUUCAUAUAGCCACGUGUUCUUUGUACUUUUUGUAAUUUUGUUUUACUGGGUUUACAUCUUGCGGGUCUAACAGUCUAUUUGGUUUCUGGGUGUUUCUCAUGGGUUAGCAUUUGUAUAAAGAAUCUGGUCCAUGUAAAUGCUUUUAUGUUUUUUCCUCAAAUGUUUAAACCACUAGUUGAUGUAUGGUAUUUCUCUUCGGUUAUUUGACUGUCCAUUUGCUCAACAUAUUGCUUCUAAAACAAACAAUAAAGAUUCUUUUAUUUCUUAAGGAAA